CUUGUGAAGUUCAGUUCGUGUCUUGGAGUCAUUAUGUGGGGGACAUUCCUCUUGAUAUAAAGUCGCUUUCUCAUCCUAGUUUGGAGAAGUCAUUACUGUUCCCCGGUUGUAUUUUUCCUCAUAUGCUCCUCUUUGGACUAAGACAGAAACAGAUAACAAACAAAUCAAAGAUAUAAAAGGUACCACCAUCUCAAAAUAUUGUACUUUAGUAUUAGAAAAAGAAAAUAUAUAUUCUAUACUCUCAUUCUCUGGCCAUUGAUCAAGUCUUUUCCCAAUAUUAUAUGGUCGAAUAUUCGAAGGAACAGAGUCAUGAGAUGUGCAGCCAGCCACUGGUUUAUUAGUGCAGAAAAAACUCUCUGAUAAAAGUUUCUCCAGACUAAAACUUUUGUCUCUUCCUUUUCUCAAGAAGAUACACAUUGUUCUCACAGGGCUAUGGAGGAAGAAGCAGCCAGUAAUAAUCAGAUACUAGAUGAGAAAAUCUACGUUGCAGUUGGGAUAAACGUAUGGAAGAACAUAUCAAACCUCUUGUGGGCGUUAAAAAACUCCCAAGGAAACAGAAUCUGCAUCCUUCAUAUUCACCACCCUUCUCCAACCAUUCCUCUCUUGGGAACCAGAUUUGAAGCUUCAACGGUAGAUGAGGAAUCACUGAGAGCAUACAGAGAAAAAGAAAAGGCGAAAAUAGAUAAGAUUCUACAAAAGUACCUUAGCAUUUGUCUUUAUAAAGGGGUUCAGGCAGAGAAGCUGUGUAUAGAGAUGGACUCAAUUGGGAAAGGGAUUGUGGAAACCAUAUACCAACAUAGGAUCAGGAAGUUUGUUAUGGGAGCAGCUGCUGAUAAACACUAUUCCAUGAAAAUGGAGGAUCUUAAGUCCAAGAAAGCCAACUUUGUUUGUGAACAAGCGCCUGCUACUUGUCAGAUACACUUCACUUGCAAAGGAAACCUUAUCCAUACAAGGGAAGCUAGAGUGGAUGAAGUUAGAGCUCUCUCUGUUCUCUUGUCUGAGUUUCAGCGGCUUGUGUUGCCACAACUAAGCUCUGGUUCACUUGAAGAGGCAGCAAGUUUGAAUGGACAAAGUAACAGAUCAUCCAUGGAUAUCAUCAGCUCUGAUACAUUGUCAAACACUGGAAGAGCUGAGGUAACAAUAAGCCAAGAUCAAGAGGAACCGGAUGACUCCUCUUCUCAAAUUUUCCCGUGCAGGGGAAUGCGACUAGACGUGAUAGGCUUCCUCAUCAAAUCCGCCAUGCUAUGGCAGAAGCUGACAAUCCAAAACCAUGAUCAUUCUGAGUGAUGCUCACCAAGAGGAAGAGGAUAGAAAGAGAGAGAGAAAAUGAACUGAAACAGUUGAAUAUACAACAAUGUAUGUAUCAACAAGAAGAGAGAAAAAAAAAACAAUUUAUUAGAGGUAGCUGUAAUGGCUUGUGAGUUGUGUGAUGCUUACAAAAUGGAACCUCUUAAUUUUUCAUUCCUAUGUCAAUUUGUUUUUUGAAAAUGCAUAUGAUUUAAUGUUACA